AAAACCCUCAAAUUGAAUUAGCCGCUAAAUCAGUACUCUAGUUACGUUCCGGCUGGGUGAAGUCCCGGCUGUUGGGUGUUCAGUUCAGUUCGUUUAGACCUAGGCUGAGUGUCACGUCGGAAGCCUGCGUAGUGGAAGAAUGAAGGGUACCGUAGCGUACCUACUGGCGGCGAGCAUAUGCUGCGCCCUGGCCAGCCCUAUCGAUCUACUCGAACCGGCGGUUGCCAAAACCGAUGAGAUUUCACCCCGAGCCGAGCUGGCAGACUACCGGCUCAACGAUGACGUGCUGCCGUCGCACUAUGAUCUCACACUCGAGCCGUACUUCGAAGAUGACGGCACACACAAAGCGUUCACUUUCGACGGAAUCUCGGAGAUGACGUUUCGGGUGACUAAAGCCGGAGUCACCAGCAUUACGCUGCAAGCGUCGAAGAUUGACAUAACUUCGACGUUCUUGAAGCUGGCAAGCAACAGUGCGGAUGUGCCUAUCGGGGACUCGUCGUACGAUGAGGAAACUCAUAAACUAACCAUACCGGUCAAUCAAACUCUCGCUGAAAAUACGGACUACCUGCUCGUAUUCAACUACGUCGGAGUUUUGGACGAUGACAUGCGUGGAUUCUACCGCAGCUACUUCAUCGUUAACGGAGAAAAGGUUUGGAUGGCAUCUACCCAGUUCCAGCCUACACAUGCUCGACGAGCUUUCCCUUGCUUCGAUGAACCACGUUUCAAGGCUACAUAUCAGGUCAGAAUCAGGCGUCGAGCUGGUUACAAUACUUAUUCCAACACGCCCAUUGCUCUGCAGACUCCUUUAAGUGACAACCGAUAUGAGGACCAAUUCGAAAAGACUCCAUUGAUGUCUAGUUAUUUGUUGGCGUUCAUCGUUGCCGACUAUAUAGUUGUUGAGAGGGAUAAUAUGGGCAUUCUGGCUCGUCCGGAGGCCCGGAACCAGACAGAGUACAGCUUACAGGCAGGAAUUGACAUACUGAAGGCGGUCGAAACAUGGAUCGAUUAUCCGUAUUCUUCCGUUCCGGAAAUGACGCGAAUGUACAUGGCCGCCGUUCCUGACUUUUCGGCCGGGGCUAUGGAAAACUGGGGUCUAUUGACCUACCGAGAGUCGAACAUCCUCUAUCGCAGUGAUGACUCGACAGCUUUGCAACAACAGCGCAUUGCCGCCGUUAUCACUCAUGAAAUCGCGCACAUGUGGUUUGGAGACUUGGUCACUUGCGAAUGGUGGGACGUUACGUGGUUGAACGAAGGAUUUGCGCGUUAUUUCCAAUUCUUUGGGACAGCUUUGGUUGAAACAGAUUGGGAUUUGCACUACCAAUUUGUAGUUGAACAGCUGCAAGGGGUUAUGCAGAUGGAUAGCUUGGAAAGCACUCACCCCAUGACGUACGAUGUCUACACCCCUUCGCAAGUCAGUGGAAUUUUCGACAAUAUUUCAUAUAACAAGGGCGCUGUAGUUCUGCGAAUGGUGGAACAUUUCAUCACUACAGAAAAGUUCCAAAACGCACUUCGCGAAUACAUCAAGGAACGGCAGAUGAAAACAACUCGUCCGGAAAACCUAUUCGAUGCGUUCAAUACAUAUGCUGAUGCGUCUGUUGAAGACUUCAUGGAACCGUGGACCAAUCAAUCGGGUUACCCGUUGGUAACAGUGACCGGAAGCAACGAUGGUUAUUCCAUCACUCAGCAACGAUUUUUGUUGAACAAUAUGGACCAUGAUGAUAAAACCCUAUGGCCGCUACCGAUCACCUUUGCUACAAAAGAAGCCGAUUUUGCCAACACCACUCCCACGAUUGUCACCACCGCUACCUACAAGAUCGAUAUCACCAACCCGGAGGAACUGUCCUAUUUUAUUUUGAACAACCAACAGGUGGGAUACUAUCGCGUGAACUACGACACUGACAGCUGGACUAAAAUUAGCCAGGCUUUGCGCUCCGAGAAUUUCGGCGGGAUUCAUGUUUUAAACAGGGCUCAGAUCGUCGAUGACUUGUUCAAUCUGGCUAGGGCCGGUGUUGUCAAAUACGACGCUGCUCUGGAAAUUCUAAACUACCUACAAGACGAAACCGAAUAUGCACCAUGGCUGGCUGCAGUCAACGGCUUGACCACACUUUCCCGCAGGAUUCACUAUGAAGACGAUGAGAAGUUUGCCAGCUACAUCGUCCAGCUAUUCAACAAAGCAUACAGUUUGGUCAAGUUCGAAGCUCCAACUGAGGAAGAAACACGGGUUUUCACCUACCUACGUAUCAACGUGCUGCAGUGGUCUUGCAACUAUGGUUCAGCAGAGUGCAAAAAAGCUGCCUUGGAUGAAUUCCUUCGCUAUUACGAAAACCCUACAGAGAAGGUUCAUCCUGACCUUCGCCAAGUUGUGUACUGUGAAGGUAUCCGCCAGGGUUCAGACGAACAUUAUGAUUUCCUUUGGCAAAAGUACUUGGACAGCAAUAUGGCUACCGAAAAACUUCUCAUUCUACAAGGUCUUGGAUGUGCCUCGGAUAGAGAGCAAAUUUUCAAAUUAAUGGAUGCCAUUACUUCGGAUGACAUUCGACCCCAGGACAAGAGCACUGCCUUCUCUUACUUGCUGCUGAAUUACUACACCUUGGACUACCUGUCGGAGUACCUGCGGACCUACUAUGUGCUAUGGGCCAACGCUCACGGAUCCUACUCGAACGUAGCAUCCGCCUUCAAUAGUUUGCUCACACGCAUGAAAACCGAUGAGCAGAUGUGGAGGAUACGGUCGUUUGCUGCACGAAAUGAGGCGGUAUUUGGUGAGACCGCGUAUAAGUCGAUCGAGAGCGGCGUGGAGGAAUACCAAGCUAACCAACUCUUCACCGAAAAGUAUCGCGAAGUGAUUGGAGAGUUCCUGGACAGUACAAUCCCGAAGGACGGCGGUUCUGGAAAAGCGACCGUUAGUGUACUGGCAAUCGUUGCGGUCGUGGUGGCUUUACUGCGAUAGAGUGUAAAUAAGAACGGUACCUACAUCUGGUAUGAAAGAGCGAAAUAAAGUGUCAUAUAACUGUA